AUGGUGGACGUGGCUACGGCAGAAGCCGGGAUGGUGAGGAAGUUAAGGUCCUGCAGAGACCCGAAGGAGAAAGAGGCACAGAUUGCCUGCUGCACUGGAGACUGGUUCCACACACCUCACUCAGGAGGACGAAGACUUGCCUUCACGCCAAGGAUAAGCAUCUCUUCUGAGCAUGGGUGUCCAGAGAGUGGCAGACGGCAACAGUACCAUUUAGAGAGAUGGAGACAAACAGACACCAGCGCCUGUUACACGCAGAGAAGGAUUGCCCAAAACAGUGCUAUACCAGAAGUAGUGAUAAAGAGACACAGAGCUUUCCGGCACCCCUUUCUUUGGCCUCAGGCCACCCGCAACACACCAGCUCUCGCCUCCCCAUCAUCCCCCUCACACCCUGCCCCCAAAGAGCUAGUGGGUCCCACAGGUUUACUGCAGCCUGGGCCGCCAUCACGCACGACUUGCUGUGCUCCUAAAUCGCGUCCCUUUGCAUCUGCCCCAGCUCGGGGUCACGGGCAAGGCCAAGGGGAGCGUGAGAGGGGGUCAGAGGAAGGCGGGAGCGUCCCCGGACCCCCGACCUUCUUAGUUGUGAGCCCGGUUGUCACACCAGGCGCAGAGGCCACCCUCUUCAGGGUGGAGGCGGUGAAGGGCCACGAGGCGCUGGUGGACGGAGAGGUGGCGGGGAUCGGGCGGGAGCUCCAGCUAGGGCGGGAGCUCCAGCUACUUGCGGAAGACGUCGUGGAGGAGGUGGAGAUUGUGGUGGAGGAGGAGCAGCAACAGCGGUCCUCCCAGGAGCUGGAGGAGAAGACGGUGGAGGAGCAGGGCCAGGAAAGACCCAGAGGCCCGAGUGAGCGCCAGGUGCUAGAGGUCCUUCAGGCACUGGCUGCCCUACAGGUGGAACUGAGCUCUAAGCAUGAGAAGAACCGCAGGGCCUAUGUUCAGUUCAUGCACAAGAACCAUCAGAGGAGGAAGUGUCACUUGGCUCCGAGGAGCGCCAUCAUCCAGGGCAUCUGUGGCUUCUGGGCCAAAGCUAUUAUAAACCACCCUCAAGUUUCCUUCAUGAUCAGCGACCAAGAUAAAGACUUUCUUGGCUACAUGAUCGACUUGAAGGUGCAGGUGCGGAGCCAUGUGCGGUCCCACUGCAAGCUGAUCUUUUCAUUUGGGCACAACCCCUACUUCUUGAACACUGUGAUCAUUAAGGAAUAUUACCUUGACAUCACUGGGUAUAGGGCACAUCGUUCCACUCCAGUCCACUGGUUCUGGGACUUUGAAUGGGGAGCACCCAGCCACAGGCUGGACACCAGGAGCCUUAACUUUCUCAAGUGGGUGUCAGGCCACAACUGCCCAGAAUCGAACAGGAUUGCUGAGAUCAUCAGCGAAGAUGUGUGGGAUGGUCCCCUGAAGUACUACCCCAGGGAGGAAGGUUCGUCCAUGAGAGGUAACUGACAGAAAC